CAGAAUAUUGCAAAAAUCUCUUUUGUCUGUAGUUGCAAACCACCUUAGCUGUGAAAUAUACAUAUUCAGUGACGAACGAAUUAAAAUAAUUCGCCGAUAAUUAUUAAAUUAAUAUUCAAGGUCCAUUUUUGCGCUAAGUUUUGAUGUGCCAACAAAAUGAGUCCCUUCAACAAACACUUGCAUAACAUUCAUGGUGAAAUCAGUGUAAAGAAGAGUGAUCGACAAAUGUACACGGAAAUAUUCGAUGAAAUCGUCCAGACAAUUGUAGAGAAAAUGCAUCAAGUUGAUGGUGUCUUUAAAAGUUUAAAUAAAGGCCAAGAGUUAUUCGGCAGCUACAGUAAUGGAGUACGUAUCAGGUCUCCCAGCGAAUUUGAUGUAUAUCUUGUUCUGAAAUUUCCAUAUCCCAUAGAUGUCCUCCGAGAUAAGUCUCGACCUGGUUUUGUACAUUUGCACAUGUCGAAGGCGAAAGAAGAAGCCUGGAGCUACUGCAACACCCCACUGUACAAUGUUCUGAAAAAUAUUGUUGAUUACAAUAACGGUCUUCUGCGCAGAACAAAUUUCAAAAACUGGAUGUUCGAUGUUAUUGAAACGGCUGUGGAGCGAUGCAGAGUUCGAUUCCGAAAUAAUGGCUAUGAUGUUUCUAGCGAACGGCAUGCGGUGGCCUACAAUGUGUAUGUACGGGAUCUGAACAACCCCGACAUAAAAAUAUCAAUUGAUAUGGUGCCAGCCAUAGAAUUUGGCCCCUGCAAUUGGAUACAAAUUCGUAGUUAUGGUGUGGUCAAACCAUCGCAUUUCUGCAAUUUUAUGGCCGUCGCCAAAAAGUCUUCGUAUAAACCGAAAAACACCUUUGCCCACACAUUUAUGAUGGUUAACUCCAGGUCCGAACGCGAUAUUCUAUUGAAUAGGCAACACUUAAAGCCGGCAUUACGUUUAUUGAAAUCGUUGCGGGAUAAAUACGAAAUGAAUCGCCUGAAGAGCUUUUUCAUAACAAAUGUAUUUUUAUGGCAAGUGCAGAUACAGCCUUUGGAUUUCUGGAAAAAGCCACUGGGAGAUGUGUUCUUAUAUAUGCUGUACAAACUUCGCGAUGGCUUUGAAAAAGGAGAACUAAAAUAUUUUUGGUUCGAAGAGUUUAAUCUUUUGGAUAUACUUAAGCCCAAGGAAAUACGAGAGUAUUCAAAGACAUUAAAUCAAAUUUAUGGAACAAUGAGAUCAUACUUACAUCAGCCGAAUUUGUCGUACAAUCGUGUAGCUUCAUAUUUCGAUUUACCAGAAUCGGAGUAUGAUUCGGAAUCGGAAUAUGAUUCUGAACCAGUAUAUUAUGAUUCAGAUGAUUAUUAUGACUACGAUGAAGAGCUUUCAAGCGGUUCAGAUUAUGAUGAGGAUGAUUUUGACUUCGGUACAUAUUAUUAGUAAAAAUCAUAUGUUUUCUAAAGUAAAUGUAGAUCAUUUACUUUUCAAAUUUAAAUAAAAUUAAUACACUUUUUUUUAUUAAA